GGCACUUGCAUUCUAUAAAUCUCCAUAACUAUCACUUCAUUUCUGUUAACAAUCACAGUUCUUCACGAGAAUCACACUCGAGCAACAACAACUUCACAACUUCUUUUUCUGAAAAUGGCUUUUCAUUAUGGUGUCAUCGCGUUUGUUCUCCUUCUUACAUUAGAGUUGCUGCAUCAUCAUUUUCCCACUUCUGUCAUAAGUGCUGAAAGUGAUAAUCUCACACGUCGCCUGCACACCGUCAACGAAAGCAGAAAGCUGAAUGAAAGUGAUACUCAAGAAGGACUGCCUCCAUCAGAUACUCAAACUGAGAACGUAUUACAAAAUACCGAUGCAGAAAUACAAAUAACUGAAAGGGGUCCUCAAACUUCACUGAUGCCACCAGCAACUCAAACUCAGAAGAAUGUGUCAAGUAAAUCCAAUGUCAAAGUCAAUAGGAUUGAAAUUGAUCCUCAAACUUCUCUACUGCCACGUCCAGCUCAAACUCACAAGAAUGUGUCAAAUAAUUCCAAUGUUGAAGUCAAUAGGAUUGAAAGUGAUCUCCCAACUCAAACUCUCAAGAAUUUAUCAAGUAAUUCCAAUGUCGAAGUCAAUAGGACUGAACGUGAUCCUCAAACUUCUCUAUUGCCACCACCAACUCAGACUCAGAAAAAUGUGUCUAACAAUUCAAGUAUCAACGUCAACAGGACUCAAAAUGAUGCUCGUGUUCCUCCACCUUCAUCACCAACGAAAAAUCAGAAGAAUGUGUCAAGCAAUUCUGAUCUCCAAGAGAAAAAGACUCAAAAUGAUGAUCCUCACGAUCGUCCACCUAUACCACCAACUCAGACCGAGGAUGCCAAUGUGACCGAGAAUACCAAUAUCCCAAGACGAAAGAUUCUCAGUGGUCUUCCCAUACCUCCAUUUCCACCACCAAUUCAAAUCGAGAGAGACGUGUCCAUCAAUUCCAAUCUUGAAGUCAAUUCUAAUGUUGAAGUGCAAAAAACUGAAGAAUCUUUGUCCACCAACAAUACAGUGCUCCAUAAUGCAGUGCUCGAUGUUGCAAUGGUCCAUGAUGCAAUGCUCCAUGAUGAAGAGCUCCAUGAUGAACUUUAAUAGAAAUAUUAGAUUGUUAGAAUAUUCUACGACAAUAUACCAUUGCUUAUAUUGAAUCCUACAUGUGAAAAAAGGUAUUUUAACACCAUUAUAGGUAUUUUUCACCAUUUGUUUUUAUUUUUUAUUUUCACUUGUAGUGUAAACGUACAGUUUGAGAUGUUGAUUUUUGGAUUUGUUUUAAUAAGAAAUUAUUCUAGAAAUUGAUGUGGA